UUGAUUACCAUAGCAAGCAACAUACCAUACCAUACCAGGAAGAGGAUGAGGAUGAGGAGGGCGUCGUCGUCGUCGGCACUCCUUUGCACCGCCCUGCUCCUCCUCUCCCUGCUUCUGUGCUUCCAGCAGGCGAGCGCCCACGGCGGGAUCGACGACGGAGACGACGAGGACGCCACGCCGCCGCCGGCCGACUCCUCGGUCGGCCUGCGCUCCAAGGGCCUCAUCGCCGUCAAGGUGUGGUGCCUGGUCAUCCUGUUUGUCUUCACCUUCCUCGGCGGCGUGUCACCCUACUUCUACCGCUGGAACGAGGCCUUCCUCCUCCUGGGCACGCAGUUCGCCGCCGGCGUGUUCCUGGGCACGGCGCUCAUGCACUUCCUCGCAGACUCCGCCAGCACCUUCCACGGCCUCACCAAGAACCACUACCCCUUCGCAUACAUGCUCGCCUGCGUCGGCUUCCUGCUCACCAUGCUCGCCGACUGCGUCAUCGCCGCCGUCACCAACAGAGGCCGCGACCGCGACAGGGUCAUCAGCGAGGAAGAAGAUGCCCAGGCCGCCCAGCAUCGCAAGGGACGACGCGGCGGCGGCGCAGCGCAGCACCACCCGGUGUUCGUCCGGACGUCGUCCUUCGAGGACGCCAUCUUGCUCAUCUUCGCGCUCUGCUUCCACUCCGUCUUCGAAAGGGAUCGGCCAUAG